AUGUUCAAAAUCAUCUCUAAAAUCCUAGCUGACAGGUUAGCUCCCUUAAUGCCGCAUCUUAUUUCUAGUGAACAACGCGGAUUUAUUCAAGGAAGACAUAUUAAGGAUAGUAUGGGUCUUGCUUCAGAGGCUAUUAAUUUGCUUGACUCCAAGUCUUGGUGCGGUAAGAUUGUUUUGAAAGUUGAUAUUGCAAAAGCUUUCGACACCUUGAAGUGGUCAUUUCUUUUGAAAGUUUUAAAUCAGUUUGGGUUUAAUAACUCAUUAUGCAGCUGGAUUCAAUGCAAUUUGCAGUCUGUUGUUCCGUCCAUCUUCGUUAAUGACUCGCUUAAUGGUUAUUUCAACUGUACUAAUAGGGUUCGCCGAGGAGAUCCGUUAUCACCCUUGCUUUUCUGCCAAGCCGAAGAUGUCCUAAGUAGACACCUUUACAAUCUUGUUAUUUCAGGCUAA